CAGGAAUGACCCAUGGCAAAGAGGAGGGGGCUUCAGGCAUGGCUGCCGUAAUAAGGCUCCUGGAAGAACGAAAGAGGCUCCUAUUGAGGACGACGGAUGACACAAAAAGAACCAUGGAAGAGCACAUGGGGCGAAUGACUAGGAGAAUGGAGGCUAUGGAGAGGAGGAUGGAGGCUAUGGAAAGGAGGAUGGAGGGUAUGGAGAGGAAGUCAGAGACAUUGGAGGCUGCUGUGGUCUCGAACCCGCCUCAGCCUCCUCUGCAGGAAGAUGUGCUGUUGGGCCUAUGCAGCACGCUGGAGGAGCUAGACAGGAGUCUGGCUCAACCAGAAAGAAGGAACCAAAUGAAACGUUUCCUUGAAAGCCUGGGAGGGGCGAAUCCGGGGGCAGCCAUUCGUCGCAUUCUACGCCAGGUGGCUACCAACAAUGUCCUGGCGCAGUACAGCCUGAGGGGGAGGAGAGCAAAAAAGCCUUUCCAGAACUUAACCUUUUGCAAAAUUAUAAUGGAGGCCUGCAUGCAGAACUUCCCUGGCAAGAAGGUAGCUGAUAUUGAGGAGUGCAUUGGGCAUGCACUGAAGUUUGCACCACACAGACGGUCAGCUGGUCCUCAAGAUUGAAGACGUACACCAACUUCUAUGU